AAAUAGAAUAUAAAUCUAAUUUAUUAGCAACAAUAAACACCAUGCAAAGUGCAAACCAAAGGACAUAUAUGUCUGAAGCCAAAUUUUAGGACGUUAGUUACGAAUGAAAUGGCUUUAGAAAUAUGAAAAACAAAACCAUUUAUCAUACUAAUUACUACACAAUAAAAAUUAUCUUCCACAUACCCGGAACAGAUCAUAAACUGCCACUUGUUCUAUCUUCUUCCUGAUUUUUCUGAUCUUGGCCGUUUUUCCUCAUCCAAAACCAACGAUCAUAUAUUUAAUUAGCCAUCCAAAAUGCUGGAUUAUGCAACAUUUCUAUUCAGCAACAGGAUCAUCGAAAGGUUUUCUUCUUCUUCUAGGGAGCAACCGUGAAGUUCUAUUUUGUAUAUAUGGGACAGUGUUUCGUCAAGUGUCGUAAAAAUGAUAUUGAUUAUUGUGAUGAUGAAGAUGAUGACACUUAUCAUGAUGUAGAGCUUGCCAGUGGAAAUGUGCACCUUAUCACUACCACAGCAAGCUGGGAGGAAAAGAUAUCAGAAUCAAUCAAAGAUCACAAAAUUGUUUUGGCAAACUUCAGUACUAAUUGGUGUAGCCCUUGUAGAAAAAUAGCACCAUUAUACAGUGAGAUUGCUGAUAAACAUCCUUCUUUCAUAUGUUUAACUGUAGACGUGGAUGAGCUUCCUGAAUUCAGCACUAAAUGGGCGAUCAGAGCCACCCCAACAUUCUAUUUCCUUAAAGAUGGACAACAAGUGGACAAACUUAUUGGAGGAAACAAGGAGGAGCUCCAGAAGAAGACAGCUGCCAUCUCUAGUCUUCUAAAUGGAUGACCUACUUGACUCCAAUCCUAGUUUUGAUGAUAACCAGUUAGUUCCGUAGACAGGGAGAAGAGGAGAGAACAAUCAAUUCUAGCUUGGCAUUUCUCGGCUGCUUGUGUUGGCUGUUGAGUCAGGGGAUAUUUACUCAGCAUCAAUUUUUUUUGUUAUUUAAUUUGGUGAACACUGGAUUUCAGAAUCAGAUUAUUUAUCGUUUGGAAAAUGACAUGAUGUAAUUACUUGUUUGUUUAGCUUAAUGGUAGUGAGUGGGUAGUGUGCUGUAUUGUUUACAAGUUUAAACUUCUAAAUAGGUGAGGUGUAAAAAACUGUGUUUUGUCAAAUCUAAA